UGUAACUCCUAGCGGAUCCGGAACUGCAGUGACUUGGAAUGAUCAGAUGGCCAGUGGUCAUUUGGCCCGGGCGGGGAUGGUGUCGGGCUGGCCAGCCUGGCUGUGCCGGUAAGAUUAGGUCAGUGUUGACUCGCUCCGAGUUUGUGGAUCAGCCGAGCUCUCAGUGUGAGCCGGAGCCCAGCGCCCUGAGCUGCGCCCUGAGCUGCCCCCUUCGCUUUCCUCAAAUGUCUGAGGCGGUCAACAAGUCGAAUCUAAAGCAGUCGUUGGAGGAGAUAGAUAUCGCAGUCAGCGACCCCGACAAUGAGGCGCAAGAGGCAAAGCCGCCGAAAAGAUACCUCAUCCUCACCAUGCUCUCCUGCUUCUGCCCGUCCCACCCCAUCAACAUCGUGGCCUUCGUGUUUGCAAUGAUGGCUCUGAACCGCUACAAUGAGGGAGAUGCUGAUGCAGGAAAGAAGUUGGGACACAUAGCCACACUGGUCUCCAUUGCAGCCAUUAUUGCUGGAUUAAUAGUCAUUGCCAUCUUUUGCAUUGUUCACUUUACAACGCAGCAUCAGUGAUCAACCUGUCGCUGAGAAUAUCGAACGAUUCGGAAACUCACCAGCAAAAGGCUCAAAGAAAACGGAUUGUGUGUAAUUCAUGCCAACCGUAUAUUGCCGUUGAUAGGAUUUCUCUUAUGCAGCUGGUUUGAGGUCAGAUUUUCUUUGUUUUAAAAUGAGUUAAUUACUAAUGUCAGAGGAAGAACGCCCGAGAUAACUUCUGUAAUCAGUACUUUGUAACAACAGCAAUCUCAGGAAACACUUUCCUUCAAACCUGGCAGCUGGAUAACACAGAAACACACGAGCGACAACAAAAUAUGAAGAUAUUGUAUUUAAAAUAUUAGAUCUUAUAUACUUAACCUGAGAUGGACUUCCCUGUAUAGGUAAUCAAAACACUUGGAGUCUUACUGUCUUAUAUUUAAUGACAGCUAUAUUUUCAUUGUAUUUGAAAACUGUUAUAUUAAUGAUUUUAUAAAACUAAUCCUUUGAGAGCUCCUCCUCCGACAAUAGAGCAUUAUGUUUAGCAGGUUUGUACAAUGUUCCUGUCUGUAUUUUAGCAGAGGUUGAAAGCCCUUUUUAAGAUAAAUGGGCCAUUGUGACGGUGAAGAUAUUUCAGAAGUUGAACUUGUAGGAUUAUGUGCAUAGAUCCAGCUUUAAAUAUCUCGUUAUAACGGCUAAUCGACAGUGACUUAAUGAGGUGCGUGAUGUUGUUAAUUGGCAGUUAAUAGAUGCCAACUUCAAUCAUUGCCCCCACCUUAACUUAAUGGUGGCCACCUUGAGCAAGUCUUAAUUCAAAUUGCUCUUGGUAUUAUUUGACAAACUCGUGCUUGGAAUGGGGACAUGCGCAGGACAGCAGCCAGCGUGCAUUGCCUAUUCCCAGUUACUUGUGACAAGAUGGCGGUGGUAGCUCGGUUGGGAUGACUACAGUCUCCUUGGUGAAUGGACUCCCAGUACCAGCAGUUAGUCUGUAAACUCCAGCAUGUCAGUGCAAAAAAAUAAAUAUAUCACCAGCCAUAACUCAACGUUCGAAGGAUAAAGUUCAGACGUAAUGGUUUCAAAGGUCUGAACUGCUGGUGAUUACAGCUGGAGGUUGAGAAUGAGCUGCAAGUUCAGCCUACAUACAAGAAACUACUGUUCUUAGUUUAUCUUGUUAUAUAUAUAUAUGCCUUUUACCUAGUUUCCCCAGUAGUCAAAUGAUGCAACAAGAAAGAAUGAUAUCAGGGAGUGGAAACACAGGGAGUUAUUCUUGCUUCACGUUUAUACAUUCAUUUAAUUCCCCUCCCAGUACUGUGGAGGUGAGAUGUAACUACAUAUAUUUUCCAUGCCUUACUUGUAAAUAAACUGGUGACGCUGGUAUAUAUUACAAAGAAGAAUGUACAGUUUAGUCAUACGAAAAUAAAGACGGUACUUUAA